GUAGCUGUCUUUGAAGGCGGAUCUUUUGGCAGGUUAGACCGGGACGGAGGCUCCGACCAGCUCAGACGAGCGCUGCCACCAAACGCAUCAACUGCUUGCUUACGGGAGGAGCAUAAUCCUGCAUUUCUGGGACGCGUUUAUUAUCAUCAGCGUGGAUAUACAUUUGACUUAUUUUGCUGAGUGAUUCAUUUUUUCUGUGAGCAGCCAUCCCCGCCGCAUUAAGGACUGGAGGAAAUUAUUUUUGUUGUUUUUCCCAAGUUGUCGCACAAGGACUGAGAUCGCACCGCUGCACAGACACAGACUCCGAAAAAGUGACAUGAAACAUGCGGAUGGAUGCGUAGGUCUUUUGGAAACAAGCAGGGAGAAAAUCGGAGCACAUAAGGGUUCUGUUUUAGUCACCACAGACUGAUAUUCACCGUGUAAGAGACUGAACAAGUAGCUCCAACACUUCAGCCACAAGCUGAGCGCGUGAAAGCAUGGACCUGAACGCACGCGACUUGCAGCCAGAAAACAUUUUCGGAGCACUGCGGGAUUAAUGUUUUCAUUAAACUCUGCAAACACUAACAUGAGGAAGCGAUGGUCUUGCAGUAGAUAGUUGUGUAAGUUUUCAUCAGAUUUCAUCACUGACUUUUUAAUGAAAGAAACUUGUGUGUUGUGGUGGUGCUGAACAUUUGGCCUAUUUUUUUUUCUUUAAAUCAAGAGAGGGAGAAUGCGUUCAACUGUUAAACUGAGCCUCAUCUGUGUGCUACUGGUCCUGUGGAGCGGUGGGGGUUCAACUAUUAGCUCAAUAGACCCCGACUGGUCAGGAGAGGGGAGAUGUCAGCACAUCAACAUCCCCCAGUGUAAAGACAUUGGCUACAACAUGACACGAAUGCCAAAUCUCAUGGGCCACGAUGACCAAAAAGAGGCAGCGAUAAAGCUGCAGGAGUUUGCCACACUGAUACAGUUUGGAUGCCACAGUCAUCUCAAAUUUUUCCUGUGUUCCCUGUAUGCUCCCAUGUGCACAGAGCAGGUGUCCAUCCACAUCCCAGCCUGUAGAGUCAUGUGUGAGCAGGUCAAGCUGAAAUGCUCACCCAUCUUGGAGCAAUUCAACUUCCCCUGGCCCGACUCUCUGGACUGCUCCCGGCUGCCGACCAAAAACGACCCAAACAACCUCUGCAUGGAGGCGCCCAACAACGGCUCAGAUGAGCCUCCCAAAGUCUCCCACACCCAGCCUCCAGAUUUCAGGCCACAGCGGCCUCUGGGCGGGCAGGACCUGCACCUUAAGGACAGCAGCAGCAAGCAGACGUGCAGCAAUCCAGGCAAGUUCCACUUUGUAGAGAAAAGUGAAUCCUGUGCCCCCAAAUGUUACCCCAAAGUGGACGUGUACUGGAGUCGGGGAGACAAGCAGUUCUCUCUGGUGUGGAUAGCCAUCUGGUCCAUCCUCUGCUUUGUCUCCAGCGCCUUCACCGUGCUCACUUUCCUCAUAGACCCGCAGCGCUUCAAAUACCCCGAGAGGCCGAUCAUCUUCCUCUCCAUGUCCUACUGUGUUUACUCUGUGGGCUACCUCAUCAGACUUUUUGUGGGAGCUGACAGAAUAGCCUGUGACAGAGACAAUGGGGUGCAGUAUAUUAUCCAGGAGGGUCUGGAGAGCACCGGCUGCACCAUUGUGUUUCUCAUCCUGUAUUAUUUUGGCAUGGCCAGCUCCCUCUGGUGGGUUAUCCUGACCCUCACAUGGUUCCUGGCUGCAGGGAAGAAGUGGGGUCACGAGGCCAUCGAGGCCAACAGCAGCUACUUCCACCUGGCGGCGUGGGCCAUCCCGGCUGUGAAGACCAUCAUGAUCCUGGUGAUGAGGAAGGUGGCGGGGGACGAGCUGACGGGCGUGUGCUACGUUGGCAGCAUGGACGUCAAAGCUCUCACAGGCUUUGUGCUCAUUCCUCUCUCAUGCUACCUUAUUAUUGGCACUUCAUUCCUGCUCUCGGGCUUUGUGGCCCUCUUCCACAUCCGUAAGAUCAUGAAGACAGAGGGCGAGAACACGGACAAGCUUGAGAAGCUAAUGGUUCGCAUCGGGGUCUUCUCUGUGCUCUACACUGUCCCUGCCACCUGCGUCAUCGCCUGCUACUUCUACGAGAGGCUCAACAUGGACUACUGGCGCAUCCUGGCAGGGGAGCAGAAGUGCGUGGACAGCAGUGGGCCGGAGUCAGAUGAGUGCAUCAUGAAGACUUCCAUCCCCGCUGUUGAGAUCUUCAUGGUGAAGAUCUUUAUGCUGCUGGUGGUGGGCAUCACCAGCGGCAUGUGGAUCUGGACCUCAAAGACACUGCAGUCAUGGCAGAACGUGUUCAGCAGGAAGCUUAAGAAGAGGACGAGGAGGAAGGCUGCCAGUGUGUUCACCAGCAGCAGGCCUUACAUCAAACCUCACCCAUCUCUCAAAGGGCACAGUACUAAGUAUGAGCCAACACGGCCCCCUCCAACAUGUGUAUGAGCUGGCUCUCUUUGUAUAAACCCAAAAAUACUUGUAAAGCCCUUAACCUAAAUGAGACUUUGUGAUCAGAGUGCCAUCAAAAGAAUCAAGGUUCAUGUUUUAUUUAUGCAAACUGCGUUGAAGAUAAUGCAACGUGAGUUUUUUGUGUGUGUCUUGAGCCAUCUCAUGCAACAAGAGCUGCCUUUGUUUGAGAAAAAAAAAAUCUGCUCCUGGAUUCACUUAUCCUACUGAGGAACUUGGUAGAGAGAAAAAAAAUCUUAUUGUUCCCAAGACAAAAAGAGUGGAAUAAGCCAUUUGGAUGUGCCAUGGGGUCACUUGAAUAAUGUGCAAUAGAUGUUUUCCUUACAGGCAAAAAAAAGACACUUGUACUGUUAGUGACAGAUUACAGACAAUGAAAGGGACCCCACAGACAAUGGAGACAAAUGGUCAGAGAGAUGAGUGCUGCGUUUGGAGGCUUUUUAAUGGAAAUCGAGGCAGUGUCAUAUGUAUGUUUGAACUGGAGUGAGAGCAGCUGUUUAAAAGCGCUCAAGACCUUACAAAACUGCCCAUUACGAGGCAAAUCCAUGCCAUAAAUUAAUCAAGCACUCAUUAUUGAAAAGUUAUUUGUACACCCAGUUUGAGUUUUCCUUUUUAUUUUGUUUUUGUUCUUUGCUGUUUUAUAGCACAAGGGAACAUUUGUAUAUAUUUCUAAAAACUUCAGAUUUUAUAGAAAAAUUAAUAAAACGUUCUAGUUUUAAAUGUUUGUAAAGCCGCAA